AUGGUGGCGACACGACCCGCAGCAAAGGCUGGCUCCUGGUACAAGAGCAAUGCCAAGACGCUGCAGGCAGAGCUCCUAAACAACCUGGCGGCUGUGCCGGAGAGCCUCGACGGAGCUUCUCUGCCGAUUCCUGGAGCUCGCAUCAUCAUUGCCCCCCAUGCUGGGUAUGAGUUCUCUGGUCCGUGUGCGGCUUGGGCGUACAAGACUCUAGACCUGAGCCGCGCCAAGCGCGUCUUUGUCCUGGGACCUUCUCAUACCUACUACCUCGAAGGAUGUGCCGCUACUACCUUUGACAAGUACGAAACUCCCUUUGGUGAGCUUACCGUUGAUCGGGCCCUGGCAAAGAAGUUUGAAGAUGCUGCCAGUAUGGACCUCAUGCCGCAGAGGAACGAGGUCCUUGAGCAUUCCUUAGAGAUGCACAUGCCCUAUCUCUACCUCCGCUGUCAGCAGACCUUUGGCUCUCCAGACAAGUUCCCCAAGAUCGUGCCUGUGCUGGUUGGAUCCAACAACGGGCCGGAGGAGAAGGAAGUAGGCCGUGCGCUUCUGCCUUACCUCAAGGACCCAGAAAACGCCUUCAUCAUCAGCUCCGACUUUUGCCAUUGGGGCCAUAACUUUAGCUACAUGGUCUACUCUCCGACCAGCAGCCCCGGGGACCUGGUGAAGCUGCGCAGACAGGAUCGAGCACCAGCCGGUCCCCCAAUUCACGAGACUAUUCGGGCCAUCGACGAAGCAGCCAUGGACGGCGUCAAGAGCGGCAGUCACGAUGCUUUCCUCGCGACCUUGAAGCAGACCAAGAACACGGUAUGCGGGCGACACCCCAUCGGAGUCAUGAUGGCGGCUCUCGAGCUGUUGGGUCAGGAGCCGCAGUACCAGGGCAAGGGCCGUUUCCAGGUCAUUCAAUAUGACCGAAGCAAUCUGGUUCAGGAACCUGAUGACAUGAGUGUCAGCUAUGUGUCGGCGUACGCUAUUUUGUGAGCAUGGUAUAAGUUGUUUUUGUAUGAGAUUCGGAUGCUUUUGGGCGUGUUUGGGUGCUUUGGCGAUACGAGAUGAGUGGUUGUGAAGAGUCGAGCGGAGUUUCUGUUUUUGGGAUUGAAGCAGCGUGUGAAGACGUGGGAUGAAGUAUGAUAUGGGGUUGG